CAUGCACAACCGACGCAAGCACGUGGUCGACACCAGCGAGCGGAACUACUGCGUCGAGUGCGACCUGCAGUUCACGAACAGUUUGUUGUACAACGAGCACGUUAAACGGAGCACGAAACACCGCACUAAACCCAGAGUCCCGUGCCCGUCGUGCGACAAGACGUACAGCAAGCGCGUCUAUAUGACGAACCACUUCAACCUGGAGCACCUCAAGGAGAGCAAGUUCGUCUGCCCGCUCUGCGACAGGAGAUUCUUGAACGGGUUCCGUCUGCGGUACCACGUGAAGUAUUACCACGAAAAAGCUCCCAAGCCCAAGAACCACAUGUGCAGCUACUGCGGUAAAGGCUUCAACACCCGUCGCAUCUUGGACAACCACGUGCGCACGCACACGGGCGAGCGGCCGUUCGCGUGCGAGCACUGCACCGCAGCGUUCGCGCAGGCCACCGCACUCAAAACGCACGUGCGGUCCGCGCACAAAUGA